CUUUUAUCAUAAUCACAAUAAUGUUAAAUGAGGAUAAAAGCAACAACAAUAUAGAUAAUACAAGUUAGCCUAUAAACAGAUUGGUCUCAGGUAUAUCUCUGCACAACACUACACACACACAAGCACAUACAUAACUGGUUCAAUAAUUAAAACAAAAGAGGGUUUCUCAUCACAUCCAGAAAGUAUUAAAGACUGAGAAAGCCAACUUUGCAUGAAAUGCGUUGAAAUAAUAAGUAUCUCUUGGAUAUAAUAUCCAAAAAAAAAUAUUUAUCAUGCUCAGGUUGACUAAAAGCCAAAUUAGGAGGCAUUUUUCAAUUACUUCUGUAUAUAUUUGGAUUACAUGGAUAGCCUUCAUUGAUAAAUGGUCUUUUAUUUACUGUCUACCAUAUCGUACACCUGAAAAAUCUUUACAAAUAAAUGAGGCAGUACGUUUACUCUAUCAAUAUGGUUAUAUGGAUGAUCUGCCGCUGCCGCAAAGUGGUAAUCCUAUAUCAAUAGAAAAUAUCCCGCACAAAUCAAUUUUCACUUAUCCAGACAAAAUAUCUUUAAUGCAUCCUCCAAAAGAAUUUACUAAUGCUAUAAAAAAAUUUCAAAAACAAUAUCAUCUACCUGUAACAGGUGAAUUAGACAAACAAACACGUAAUUUAUUAAUAUCACCACGUUGUGGUAAUCCAGACAGACAAAUCAAUAUGAAAGAGAAGAAUUCCUGGCAUUCAUCAGCAUCACCGCCAACAUCACAGUCAACAUCACAGUCAAGUGGAAUAUUUGACAGUACAUUCCAUUCAUACAGUAAUCAUUCCAAAACUAUCGGAAAUAUGAAUGCUGAACAAGGCAGACUACUGAAUCGAAAGAAACGCUAUCUAAUUGGUGAUGAGAAAAUGAAAUGGACAAAGAAGCAGUUAACAUGGCAAAUUCAAAGCUAUCCAUCGCAUUCUUUAUCUCGAGUACGUACGCAUGCAGUAUUCCAACAUACAUUCAACCUGUGGUCAAGAGUAGUGAAUUUAGAUUUUAUUGAAGAAAAAGAUUAUUAUAAACCAGCGGAUAUUGUGAUAAGAUUUGGUGCUGGGAAGCAUGGGGAUUCAAUACCAUUCGAUGGGGCAGGUGGAGUGUUAGCGCAUGCUUAUUAUCCAACACCGGACAAUGUUUAUUCCUUUUCAGGGGAUGCACAUUUCGAUGAUGAUGAAGUAUGGAAUGAUGGACCACAUAAAACUCAUAGAAAUUUAAUAUCCGUUGCAGCUCAUGAAUUAGGCCAUAGCUUAGGAUUGGGUCAUUCAUCUGUACCGACUGCAAUUAUGUAUCCUUAUUACAUAAGUACAUGGGAUAAAGUUAAAUUGGAUCCAGACGAUAUUGCUGGAAUACAACAAAUUUAUGGUGCUGCUAAACGCGGUAAAUUUAUACCACCAGAACCGAGUUUACCAGAUAUACCACCACCUCCUCCUGUAACUACGGAAGCUCCAGCGAAAGGAAAAAUAUUUGAUUUUUGUAAUAUCAGCGUUGAUGCAAUCAUAAAAAUUCGUAAUUUAGAAUUAUACAUUUUCAAAGGCGAAUGGCAGUGGAGAGUGACUUGGUCUAAAACUGUUACAACAUGGAUUGCUUAUCAAUUUCGAGAUGGACCAGCGAAGAUCACUUACUAUUGGCCUGCACUCCCUAAAUAUGUCGACUAUAUUGACGCCGGUAUUGAACGGCAUGAUGCAGCUAUUUAUAUUUUUAGAGACAAUAAAUUCUGGCUUCUUCUGGACAAUAUGCGAAUGAAACCUGGUUUCCCGAAAGAAGGAUUACCGCUUACGGAACUUGGACUACCAGCCAAUUUAAAACGUGUAGAUAGUGUAUUUUUAUGGGGAGAAAAUCAAGCAAUUUAUAUUUUUGCUGGUGAAUACUAUUGGCGAUUGGAUGAAAAUUCUGGUCGAUUCGGUAAAGUGAUCAGUAGUCCAGAUUAUCCACGUUUGAUAGCAGAUACAUGGCAAGGUGUUCCUGUUCCUACUCAGGCUGCAUUUACUGGUUUAAAUGAUGAAACUUUAUUUUUUGAAGGAACAAAUUAUUAUGUAUUCGAUAAUAUAGAAAUGCGUACACGUCCUGGAUAUCCAAAACCAGCAUCACUUGGUAUACUUGGCUGUAUGCGAUGA